GCCCGAGGGCGGGAAAGGGAAGGAGAAGGAAAGCGGCCGCUGGGUGAAGUCCCCCCGAGCGGCCGCCACCCCCUGGCGGCUGGGGACAGAGGCAGAGUCAAGGUGGGAGGCAGCUCCACUCCCUCGCUGUGCCAGGGAGGCAGGAGGAGGCGUGUCCCCUCCCCGCCGCCUCUUCCCUGGCUCCGAGGAGCCGCUCUGUCUCCAGCUCGCCUCCGAGCAGACAGCGGGCGGCAGCGGGGAGAGCGGAGGAGGCAGCGGAGCGGGGCUCUCCAACUUGGCGGGGCUUUCCCCUUCCUCCCUGGCCCCGCGGCGGCACCAUGCCGCCUCCGCGGGCCGCCCGCAGCAGCACCCGGGCACAGGGAGCCCCGACGCCCGGAGCCGCGCCCAGCGGGCUCCCGGGCUCUUCCUCUGCGCCCCACUGAAGCGGCAGCGCCCAGCUCCGGGGCUUGCCUGACUCUCCCUCCGCCCCGGGGCGCGGGCAGCCGCCGGCUCCGAGGGGGCGCACGCCCUCUCGCCGCGCCCAGCCCCAGGGAGUCGAACCGCAGGAGGGGCGCGGGGACCCUCCUCUCCCCGCCCGAGGGGGGCAUCAGCCGGGGGCCCCGAGCCGCGGCCAGCCGCCGCCUCUUGCGCUCCCCCCUCCGCCCCGCGCAAGCCAUGAACUUUGGCCGGGGCCGCUCGGUGGUGUUGAACGUGGGGGGCACCCGCUACUCCUUCUCCCGCGAGGUGCUGAAGGACUUCCCGCUGCGGCGGGUGAGCCGGCUGCACGGCUGCCUCUCGGAGCAGGACGUGCUGGAGGUGUGCGACGACUACGACCAGGAGCGCAACGAGUUCUUCUUCGACCGCCACUCGGAGGCCUUCGGCUUCAUCCUGCUGUACGUGCGGCACGGCCACCUGCGCUUCGCGCCGCACAUGUGCGAGCUCUCCUUCUACAACGAGAUGAUCUACUGGGGGCUCGAGUGCUCGCACCUGGACUACUGCUGCCAGCGCCGCCUGGACGACCGCAUGUCCGACACCUACACCUUCUACUCGGGCGACGAGCCCCCCGCCGGCGACGGCGGCGAGGACACGCGGCCCCCGGCCGAGCCCCCGCCUGCAGCCGAGGGCAGGAAGUGGCUGGAGAGGAUGAGGCGGACUUUCGAGGAGCCCACCUCGUCCGUGGCCGCCCAGAUCCUGGCCACGGUGUCCAUCCUCUUCGUCAUCGUGUCCAUGGUGGUGCUGUGCGCCAGCACCCUGCCCGAGUGGCGGGCGGCGGAGAACCGCAGCGUGGAGGAGCAGAGCAGGUACACAGCAGACUCAGUGAGGGAGCCCUCCGGGAUCAUUGAAGCUAUCUGCAUAGGCUGGUUCACUGCAGAGUGCAUUGUGAGGUUCAUCAUCUCCAAAAACAAGUGUGAGUUUGUCAAGAGGCCCCUGAACAUCAUUGAUUUGCUGGCAAUCACUCCUUACUACAUCUCUGUGCUAAUGACAGUUUUCACAGGGGAAAAUUCUCAGCUCCAAAGGGCUGGAGUCACUCUGAGGGUUCUUAGAAUGAUGAGGAUUUUUUGGGUGAUUAAACUUGCCCGUCACUUCAUUGGUCUUCAAACACUUGGUCUGACUCUGAAGCGUUGUUACAGAGAGAUGGUGAUGCUUCUUGUCUUUAUUUGUGUUGCUAUGGCAAUUUUUAGUGCACUUUCACAACUCCUUGAAAAUGGGCUGGACUUGGGAACAAAGAAUAAGGAUUUUUCCAGCAUCCCUGCUGCCUGUUGGUGGGUAAUAAUCUCGAUGACCACGGUUGGUUAUGGUGACAUGUGCCCCAUCACUGUACCUGGAAGGAUUCUUGGUGGAAUUUGUGUGGUUAGUGGGAUUGUUUUAUUAGCAUUGCCUAUUACUUUCAUCUAUCAUAGCUUUGUGCAAUGUUAUCAUGAGGUCAAGUUCCGAUCUGCUAGGUACAGCAGAAGCCUCUCUGCUGAAUUCUUAAAUUAAUGAGUGCUCCUGCUUUUUGUAAUAGUACUUGCUAAGCUUUGGUGGAAGAGGUGAUGGUUGCUCCCUGUGUACACCCAUCUUGCUGGAUGAUCUAAGGAACAGCAUUGUCAUCAGCCCUGAAGGAUGUCAGUCACCAUUCUCACCUGAAGGAUGACUACCUGCUUUGGGCCCCAUGGUAGGGAGUGUGGGUGGGGAUGUUGAGAUCUGAGAGGAAGAAAAUGGUAGCUUCUAGAACAACAAUGGGACUGGAAAGUUCUCAAGACAUCAUGGGGGCUGGACUUCUUUCUACCUAUCCAGACAACUACACACACAAAUCAUGGGCUUGGUACCAAGAGAGAUGAAGACCUGCAACUCAGUGGGAGUUGCAGGUACUCACCACUCCUCAUACUGAUAUCCCAGAGCCUUCCAAGGAAAAUGUAACAGAUGUCAUUCAAAUAUUUAAAAUCUAAAGGUCCCUUGGAGGAGUAGAGACCUUGUUGACAUGAAGCCUGCUCCAGAAGAGUUGAGGGCAUUGGAGCAGAAUUGAUGCUACUUUUAAUUCCUCCAAGUCAUGCAGCAGAUGGAAUAAUCUGAUCUUACAACUGAAGGAAGAGGGGAAAAAAUAUAAAUACACAAGGCAGAGAGAGUCUCACAGCCCAAUUCUGAUCUCAGUGAAAGCGACAGUGAGGUCAAUGGAGUUAGUCCAGAUUUUUAUUGGAGGAACCAAGAGGAGUGUAUGUCCCUCUCUAUGUUGUGGCAUAUGCUUAACCACAACUGUCAUUUCUCUGGGCGUAAGAUCUAUAGUAGCAACUAAUGUCAUACUUUAUAAAGAUCAGAGUAAAAUUCAGUUGUCGAUAAUACGAUCAAUAUAUCAACUGCUAGCUCAGUGGGAGGCAGAUAUCCAGAUUUGACUCAGGUGCUCAGCUAAACUCCAUCAACAUGAAGACAUUUACCUAUAAGCCUUGAUUUCCCGCCACCCCAUUUUAUUAACCAUAAUCACCUCAUAGUGAAAUAGUAUUCCAAGGAACAUGAUAUGAGUCUGUCACUUGAGAGGUUCAAAAACUUUCUAGACAAAGCACUAGAAAACAGGAGAACAAUCCUGCAAUGUCGGGGCUGGGACAGAUGUCCAGGUGGGUCUUUUUCCAUCUCCAAAAUUCUAUGAUGAUUCUUAUUGAAGGAUCUAUUAUGAAUUGAUAUAGUUAAUUUAAAUUUUAACAACUGUACAACAGCCCAGAUGAAACUGAAAAGUAGCAUUUUAGCUGGAUGGAACCUGUGCUUGGCACAAAGUAAUAUAUUCUCCCCUGCAAAUAUGGAAUUAAGAUGAAUGAAGUUAAGUUCUCAUGUUUCAUACACUACAUUUCUUGUGUAGUACUGCUUAGUAGCACUAUUAAAUAUGACUUUGAAAAGCUGCCAUGUGCUGUUAAACAUUCAAACAAAUUUAGGCACAGCUAAACCAGUACUGUUUACCACCCACCAUUAACAGGAAACAUUUUUAUUAACCAGAAUCACCAGUCUAUUUGAAUUUGGUGUGCUUGCUUGAAAGUCAUUGUAAAAUGUUUACUGUGUUUGUAUUGUAGAAGCACCUUUGGAUGUUUUGUGUACAUUUGUCUGCUUUAGAAAUAGAGUGACUGGGACCUAGCAACAGAAGUCUUUGGUACUGAUCACUCACACUAAAAAUAUUAGGUGGGGUAUAUAACUAGUACUUGAAGGCCAUAUGUUGAAAAAGAAAUAUGCUGCCAUUUUUGCUGCUCAAGACAUAAGAAAAGUUAUGGAUCAUGUUAAGUGGCAUGCUGUUGGUUUUAGGGGAAAGGGAUAUGUACUGAUAAAGCCAGUCAAGGAGAGAAAGGAAAUUGUUUCACUACCAGAAGUUGUAAAGUAACCUGAAAGAAAAGUUGCUCGAUUGCAAUAGCCAUGAGUUUGCAUUUCCCAAAACUAGUUUGCUUAGUUCCUUUUCCUUUUUUCUGCAAUAGUUUCUUGAUGAUAUAUUAUUGUGUAGUGCCACAUCCACACCUUUGAAAUCUCUGUAUCUUGCAGAGAGGUGAAUAUUCCUAGGGAAGGGGGAGAAAUCACUUUUGGGGAGGGAUUCUCAGCUGGUUUAAGCUGUCCAGCUUCCAGUAACUUCAGAGGAUCUAUACCAGUUGACACCAGCUGAGAUUCUGGGCUUUCGCAUAUAUAAUAGAGCUGAUUAGAGAAAAAAUUCCCCACAAGAAUGAAAGUUAGUUUUUUAUAAAAGAAACUGAAAUUUGAGUUUCAUUUUCCAGCCAUUGAAGACUGAAACAUUUCAGCCAAAGUUAAUGUUUUGAUAAAAAUUUUAAAAAAAUUUUGAAAAAAAAAUUCUCUACAAAAAAAUUGGCUUUGACAAAAUGAAAAUUUUCCAGCCGUGUAAUACUGAAUUUCUAUUAUUUUCUUCUUCUACUAGUGUUGAAAAAGCUAGCGCUACACAUUUAGAAACUCUGGGGUGAAAUUGGUUUCCAUGUAACUUUUUCAAGUCUACUGUGCCUUCAAUCCACAGAUUAUAUUUAAACAGAUUAAUGCCCUCUAUUUGGGAUGCAAAAUACCAUAUACAAUUUGAGCAAAGUGGAUACAUCUCAUAGUUUUAAACAUAUACAAAUAUGAAAUAUACUUACAGUAAGUUGUAGUACUUAAUUCCAGAAAAAAAUUAACUUGUAUUUUUAUCACUACAGUAUAUAUAAGGUCAGUUUUUUAGCUUCAUGUGCAAAAAAGCGAAGUCAGUUAUAAAUUAAUGCACACAAUGACUUUCAAGUACAGAUUUGUAUUGUACAGGCAAUUGAAUACUAGACAUUCCAAAGACAAACUAGUGUCUAGAAUAUGUUUGACAUAAGAGUACAGAAAAUGUGCUAUUUUAAAAAGGGUUUCCAAAUGUAGAUUCAUAUAGAAUACAAAGAAUAUAAUCACCUACUUAAGAUACUUAUGUAAAGGAAUGUAUGUUUAUGAAAAGUGGAGAUCAUCUUAAAUACAAACAUUUAGAUUGCUCUAGAUCAAUUUUUUAUUGCAGAACGUGAACAAAAAUGCCUCAUGUAUUUUAAAUUUGCAUUACAGUAGAAUAAUUUUGAAUAGCUAAGUGGAUAUUAAGUAAGAGUCUAGUCCAUAAAAACUUGCCCUAAAUAUAAGCUAGCUACGGAGAGAUAUUUGCUCUUUUCUUUAUUUUAAUGUAGCAUGGUUAUUAAUGUAUUGACAAGAGUUUCCUUUACUCUUUCUAGAAACCAAGUUGAAGUAGCCUUAUAUCAGAGGUAGCCUUAAAACAGAGAGCCUUAUAGUGAAGGGAUAGGGUAUUCUGAUUUAUAGUGAUGCUUAUUGUCUUAUUUUCUAUAGAUUGAUUUUCCUAGUGAAACUUUCUAUAAAUAAAUAUUCUAUAAAUAUUGAAUUAUACAUGCGUAUAAAGAUAAGCAUUUCUUUAAACUGGUUAAGUUACUUCAUUAAAAUGCACCUGAGCUUUCUUUUCAGUUUUAUACAAGCAUUAUGGUGUAGUGUUCUCUCCACCUAAUACAGCAUUUCAAAAACUAAGAGAGGAUAGUUGGCUAACUCUCAACCACUCCCCCAGCCUUCACACCAGAAUAAAAUUGUGUUCCUAUUGUGUUCCCACUGAAAUCAGUAGGAGUGGAGGGUGCCUAGCAAAUUGGGCCCAGAGUCUAUUUUUCUCUUACUGUACUGCACAAAGAGACCCCACCCCAAAAUCUCCAGUUAUGGAAUAUUAGUUACUAUCUCUUUGGAUAUUGGGUUGCUUCAGCUGGGAUACUUGAUGCCUCUAAAGACACACACAAGAGGAGGAAUGUAAUCUUUGGCCAUUUAUCCUAAAAAUCAGAUUAAGAAACCAAACAAAACACCACAGAGACAAGCGAUUGCAGUCAUGGUGCCCUCUCCCAGGUGAGACCAGACCCCACAAUGGUUGACUAUUUUCAACAACUUUGUCUAGAUGGGUGCAGGUUGUCUAGGGCUUGAUUAUUAAUUUUGAGGUUAAAAAAUAUCCUUGUGUCAGAGGGGCAUGUUUUGAGCCUCAUGAACAUUGUAGAGAGCCUAGUGAAUAUGAAAAUCCUCUUAUGAGAUUCAUGGCCUGACUAACAUUUAUGUAAGGGAGGAGUGGUGAGUGGGAAUUUUCAUUGUGUAAACAAUCUGUGGCGGUAUCACAGACUUCAGCUGAAUCCUGCCGUUUCAGGGAUAGAGCUGAUGGCUUUGUGGCUCCAAAACCAGAAGCCUCUUCCACUUCAGUUAUCUUAAUCACAAACACCUUAACAGAUCUGAACUUCAGCCCAGGAGAAGGCAUAAAGCCCUGAACAUUCACACUAUACCAAUAAUUUCUUCCCACAUAAGAGGUCCAUGGUAAGCUUAUCAAUCAAGCUCUGGCCAUUUGAAAUUUGUAUUGUCUGUAUACAAAGGCCCAGAUGCUGCAGUUUCAUCCAUCUAGGCACAGGGGUCCGUUCUAAAGGAGGCAGCUGUAGGAUCAUAGCCCAAGGCUGCGCAUAAUGAAAUAGAUUGAUCAUGUUGGUUUAGAGAGAGAGAGAGAUUGUUUUCAUGACUUGAAAGGGAAUCUGGCUCAAAGAAACAAAAGAUACGUUGUUUUUAAAUUAAUUUUCACAUUUAGAAAUGGAUGAUGUUUGUCUACAUUUUACUGGUUCUGUUCUCUCCCUGCUGCUUAAAAAUAGCUCCUCUUUACGUUAAUGGGAGUAAAGAGAGUAAUGAGAGCCCUAUUGAAGCUAUGGCAGUUUACACCAGCUGAGGAUCUGCCCCAGCAGGCAUGGAGGAGACAAUAAAUUGCUGUUCAUAUAAUUAAGCCUUGAAAACUACCUAAUAUAAUGUAUGGUUUAUGAAAUAAAAUUUGGAAUAAAGAAUCUCCUUUGUGGAUGGCAUCACGGGUUAAACUUCAAGAAGAAUAUAUUGUGCAAUUGAUAUGUAUGUUCAGUAAAAUUGUUCAUCUGCUCUGAAUCUAAAUUUUAAGGGCCAGAGAUUAAAUAUAAACUUUGAUCAAAUGAUUAAAGUUACAAUGUUGAUUGCAGCUUUUUAGAAUCCUUUGUUCUUUGCAAAUUCAGUAAUUAAUAAUUUUUAUAGAACAUUGAUUUUAUAUUGUUUGCAUAUGUGUAAAAAAAUUCUGUAUAACAUUUGACGAGUUAAUAAAUUUUUGCUUCCUUAACCACCUGUAUACAGUAUUACGUGCAUGUGAUCUCCAAAUAAAUCUACUGGAUUCACUAGCGUAUUUCACUGUGCGAGGCUUAAGAUAGAACACUAAAAUAAAAUUGUCAGACUUUUUAAA